GAUUUCCAACUCGGGCCUGGUACGUUCGUGUCUCUUGACUCAGCGCACCUGAUCCUUCGGAUCGCUUCGCUGAUAACACAUUCCCACUCCAUUGAUCUCCUAUCGGUGUCCCUCAGCAUACGCACCGGCCAACAUGGCGGGACCUCCGCCCUCUUACCUUCCGGUAAUUCAUAAAUUGUCUCAAAAUGACGAGGCCGCUUGGAUACAGAUAGGCUCUGUGGCGGAAACCAUGGGCGACCUCGACCGCGCCAUGCACGCAUAUGAGGAAGCCCUUCGUCAUAACCCUCACUCGACCAAGGCUCUCACCCAAGCUGCUGCCCUGUGUAGGACUCGUGAGCAGUUUUCCAAGGCUGUCGAUUACUUUGAGCGAGUUUUGAACAUCGAUCAGACGAACGGAGAGAUUUGGGGAGCCCUUGGGCACUGUUUCCUCAUGCAGGAUGAUCUGCAGAGGGCAUACACCGCUUAUCAACAGGCCCUUUACCACCUGCCCAAUCCCAAAGAGCCCAAGCUUUGGUACGGCAUUGGUAUCCUCUAUGAUCGAUAUGGAUCAUAUGAGCAUGCCGAGGAAGCUUUCUCAGCGGUCAUCCGGAUGGAGCCCAAAUUCGAGAAAGCCAACGAGAUCUACUUCAGACUGGGCAUAAUCUACAAGCAACAGGGCAAAUACGAAACCAGUCUGAGUUGCUUCAAGUACAUCUUGACUUGCCCGCCGAAGCCCCUCACCGAGGUGGACAUUUGGUUCCAAAUCGGACAUGUUCAUGAGCAGCAGAAAGAGUAUGCACUUGCUCGUGAUGCAUACGAACGCGUCCUUACGGAGAACCCGAACCAUGCCAAAGUUUUGCAACAACUCGGCUGGCUCUAUCAUCAACAAAACUCCAGCUUCUCAAGCCAGGAGCUCGCCAUCCAGUAUUUGACGCGGUCACUCGAAGCUGAUGUCAAUGAUGCACAAACUUGGUAUCUGCUUGGACGAUGCUACAUGGCUCAACAGAAAUACAACAAAGCUUACGAGGCUUAUCAACAAGCUGUCUACCGGGAUGGACGCAAUCCAACUUUCUGGUGCUCUAUUGGAGUGUUGUACUAUCAAAUCAAUCAAUAUCGCGACGCACUGGACGCGUAUAGCCGAGCUAUCCGAUUGAACCCAUACAUCAGUGAAGUUUGGUACGAUCUCGGCACUCUUUACGAGAGCUGCAAUAAUCAAGUCAACGACGCUCUCGAUGCAUACACACGCGCUCUCGAGCUCGACCCUUCCAACCCGCAUAUCAAGCAACGCCUGCAAAUGCUCCGCAGCUCGCAAGGAGGAGCAACUCAGAACCAGGCCGGAGGUUCCGGUCCCGCCCACCAGCCUGCUGUUCUCCGCGAUACCAAACCUCAGGGCUAUCCGAACGUCUCGGGUCCUCACGCCAACGCAUCGGGUCCAUUGUACCAAGGACCUCAGCCGCCCACUGGCUUUGGCCGCUCAGCCCAUCCCGAAGGCGCCGGUCAUGCGCCUCAGCCUGCCGACCUUGACCGGCGCGAAGGGAUGCUUCCUGGAUCAUCGACGCUGCCGCCUUAUGCUUCCGGACCCGGGCAGCGCGAUGAGCGGAGGAUCCCUUCGAUGGCAGACAGACCUACCUUGCAGUCUCCUGGUGAACUCGUGAACCGACCGGGCAAACCCAAGGGUGGCCGCGCCGACAAGCUCGUCUCACCCAAACAGCAAAACCGGAACGGAUCUCGCUCGAAUGUGCAGGACAUGCCGCCUAACUCCUCUGGACCCCGUCUGUAUAACCCGCAAGACGAGGUCUCUGGACGCUAUGGCCAAGACGGCCGUUCGUCCAAUGGGCCUCUAUCAGGUCUGGAAGGCCGACAGCGCGAGCAAGGCGAAGGCCGAGGUGACGGCUCGUCGCAAAUGGAGGCAUUGCGAUCGUUUGGCGACAUGCCGCGACACUCUCGGGACGCCAACGAGUCUAUCCGGCUGCCAGAAAUCAUCAUGAGGCCCGACGACCACGGCCGUCGCUCGUCUGACUCGUUCCUUGGCCACGGAGACGCGCUGCCGUUCCCUCAGAGGGAUCAGAGAGAGCAGAGGGAACAUGAUUCCGGCCACAGGAGUUUGGAAGGCGUUGACAGGCCGAGGUUCAGCAACGAACGACAGAGGGAACAGCUUCCCCGUCCCAGGGACUUUUCCCCGUCGCAUGAGCAUCGGGAUGCUCGUCAGAUGGAGUCGAGACCCAUGGACACUGGCCGUGGCCCUUACGUUGAGGAACGAGGACAAAGGAUGCCUGAGAGAUCCACUGACCGCAGAGGUCCAGCACAAGCCACUCCUGCAGGACCCGGCACCGAUCAGGGCAUGGAAAAGGAAAGAGCACAGGUGCAUGAUGCGGACGCUAGAGAGGGCAAAGGCUCCGAUGCAAUCAACGCUCCCUCCCGCCCGCAAUCCUCCCAAAGCCAGCGCGGUGUUAACGCAAUGGAGAUCGACCAACCCCCGUUGCCCUCUCCCACAGCCGCCCAAGCCCAGCAGGCACACGACGAUCGCGCCAAAGAGUCGGACGCGCCCGCGAGGAGGGAGACGAGCAGCGGAAGCACUAGUAAGAAGACGUCUGCGGGGCUGUUAAAGGGUAAACAGGACGAUAAGGCGGGCGAGAACAAGGCCUCGCCGCAACGGGAGCGGCCACCGGCACAGAAGGAACGGUUGGCGUUGCCUAGCGAUCGGUCGUACGGGCAGCAGCGGGAUGAGGAGUCUGCGGCGGUGUCGAGGGAGUGGAGUCGCGAGAGGGCUGGUGAGGAGAGUGAAUAUCCGAGAGAAAGUGGGAGGGAGCGCGACCGUGACCGGGACCGUGCACGCGAGCAGCGUGAACGCGAAAGGGAACGGGAGCGGGAGAAGGAGAGCAAACCUGAACCCGAACGGCCUGCAGCGCAACAAAAUCCACAACAACCGCAGCAGAAAGCAGCACCAACCCCCACCACCGACGACAAACGCCGCUCCGCCUCCAAAUCCACCAGCCCCAAAACCGCCCGAGCCUCCGACGGCCUCGCGGCUCUAGCCAACUACGGCGGCGAAGAAGCCAACGGCGGCUCUACAUCCCCCGACGAAGCAGCAUCCCGAUCUACGUCCCCACCACCGCAAAAAAAGGCCUUCCGGGACCGGGAGGAAUCGGCUGGCCUGAAACGACCAUUCCGCCGUGAUUCCGUUGGAGGAAGCAGUGAUGGAGGGUCGCCGGACCAUAAGCGGGCUAAAUCUGAUAAACCAUAGAGCACAGAACGCUGCGUUUACCUCCG